AUGGCGAUCAAGCCCAUCACCGGCAUGCUUCGCAACCGCCUCAUCGUCAACCUGAGCGUUGCCCUUGGCGUUGGAGUCGUCUUUGGCGAACUCUUCUGGCGCGGCUACCACCUGCCGCGGACUGUGGCCCGCGACAACUACUACAAGGCGCUGGAGGAGAAGCGUGCCGAGAGGGCGGGCGUUUGA